UGUUUACUAUUCGGGUCGUGAGACUACCGCUUAAAAGAUCACUGAUGUCACUGUUUGCGCUGCUUAACGACAUCACGUUACGUCCACCCACUUUCGCUAACUCCACCCAGUGUGUCCACCCACUUCCAGCCAGCACGGUUCAGCGCGGUUGUAGUCGAAAUGCAACCCCAACAGCCCCGCUCAGCCCGACUCAGCACGGCACGGCUCAGCCGCGUUUGUAGUGGAAAAGCGGCAUUAUUGUUCUAAAAGAGUUGGCAAAUAUCCAAAUACAACAUAUCGAAGGUCGAACAGAAACUCAAAUGGGGCAGCUGCAGGACCUGAGCUCGGCAGAUGAAGACAUGCUGUAAGAUUGCUGAUAACACCAACAAAAGCCAGUUUCGUGAAUCAUGUGAUCAUAAGUAGCACUGUGGGGCGCCUACGGAAGCCUACAAGCACCAAAUUAGAUUGAAAGAGCAUGCGUUUUCUCUAAUGUUUAUGAUGGAGAAUGUUCAUCUUGUGGCUGAGGAUGAAGAUGAUCUGUAUUCAGGUUACAAUGACUACAAUCCCACAUUCAACUCAGAUGAACUGGACAAUGAUAUUGCCUUUCAGCAAGCUGUGAGGACGAGUCAUGGCAGACGACCACCUAUGACUGCAAAAGUUCCUGGCAACGCUGUUGGUGGAAGACCCAUAGGAACGUCUUUUGGCCUACGGACAACUAUGGGUUCAUCAACGGGAAGGCCUAUGACUGGGGCAGUGCAGGAUGGAGCUGCCCGUCCCAUGACUGCAGUGCGAGCAGCAGGAUACUCAUCCUCUGUGAUUAGAGGUUCUACUUUUGAUCCACUUGGACAGUCAAGAGGGCCAGCUCCUCCGUUAGAAGGAAAAAAUGAAGACACGCCAGAAGAGAAGAUUAAGAUACUGGAAAAGAAAGUGAAUGAUUUGAUUGAGGAGAGCUGUAUGGCCCAUGCAAACAGUGAUCUACAGCUGGCUCUAGAAAAGGCCAAAGAAGCUGGUAGAAAAGAAAGGGUGUUACUGAGACAGCGAGAGCAAACUGGCACUGCAGAUCAUAUCAAUUUGGAUUUAACUUAUUCAGCGCUGUUUAAUUUGGCAAACCAGUAUGCUAACAAUGACAUGAACACAGAAGCCUUGAACACUUACCAGGUCAUUGUGAAGAACAAGAUGUUCAACAAUGCAGGCCGACUGAAAGUGAACAUGGCUAAUAUCUACUUUAAACAGAAGAACUACCCCAUGGCAAUUAAAUUUUAUCGUAUGGCUUUGGACCAAAUCUCUAAUGCACACACAGAGAUGAGGAUCAAGAUUAUGCAGAACAUUGGUAUCGCAUUCGUACGCAUGGGCCAGUACUCAGAUGCCAUAACCUCCUUUGAGCAUAUUAUGAGUGAGAGUCCCAACAUCAAGACAGGCUUCAACCUAAUUCUAUGCUACUAUGCAAUUGGCGACCGUAAAAUGAUGAAAAAAUCUUUCCAGAAACUAAUCUGUGUGCCACUGGGCAUUGAUGAGGAAGAGAAGUACAUCCCUUCAAAUGAUGACCCCCAUGCAAACUUACUGAUUGAAGCCAUCAAAAACGAUCAGCUUCAUCAAAUGGAGCGAGAGAGAAAAGCUCUAGCUGAGAAGUACAUCAUGACUUCAGCAAAGCUUAUUGCUCCAGCCAUUGAGUCCACUUUUGCAGCUGGUUUUGACUGGUGUGUAGAUAUGGUUAAAGGUUCGCAGUAUGUGGAGCUGGCCAAUGAUCUAGAGAUUAACAAAGCUAUCACUUACCUGAGACAGAGGAACUUUAACCAGGCAGUGGACACGUUGAAAGCCUUUGAGAAGAAAGACAGCCGGGUGAAGAGUGCUGCUGCGACCAACCUUUCCUUUCUCUACUUUUUGGAGAAGGAUUUCGACCAGGCUGAUCGCUAUGCUGAACUGGCCAUGAAUGCUGACCGCUACAAUCCUGCUGCUCUCAUUAAUAAAGGCAACACAGUGUUUGUGAAGCAAGACUAUGAGAAAGCAGCCGAGUUUUAUAAAGAAGCACUGCGGAACGAUUCGUCCUGCACAGAAGCUCUAUACAAUUUAGGGUUGACCUAUAAGAAACUGGGCCGGCUGGAAGAAGCCCUCGACUGCUUCCUGAAGCUCCAUGCCAUCCUUAGGAACAGUGCUCAAGUUAUGUAUCAGCUGGCCAGCCUAUACGAGAUGUUAGAGGAUCCUCACCAGGCUAUUGAGUGGCUCAUGCAACUGAUCAGUGUCACUCCCACUGACCCUCAUGUACUGGCCAAACUGGGAGAGUUAUAUGACAAUGAAGGUGACAAGUCACAAGCCUUCCAGUACUAUUAUGAGUCUUUCAGAUACUUUCCAUCAAACAUUCAUGUCAUUGAAUGGUUGGGAGCAUAUUAUAUUGACACACAAUUUUGUGAAAAGGCAAUUCAGUAUUUUGAAAGAGCAACACUCAUCCAGCCAAAUCGUGUUGUAUGGCAGUUGAUGGUGGCUAGCUGUUACAGGAGAAGUGGAAAUUACCAGCGAGCACUUGAGACCUAUAAGGACAUUCACCGCAAAUUCCCUGAAAACGCUGAAUGUCUACGAUUCCUUGUGAGGUUGUGCACAGACAUGGGGUUAAAGGAGGUACAAGAUUAUGCCACCAAACUCAAAAAAGUGGAAAAGAUGAAGGAGAUCAGAGAACAGAGGGUGAAAUCCGGGAGGGAGAACAGUGCUCGCGGCCGGAGAGAAGGCAGUGCCAGCAGUGACAGUGGACAGAGCAGCCAUGGUGCGAGUGCCAAAGGGGAGAGGCUAGGGGUCAAGCUGAGGUCACUUCCAGGACCCCAUGAACCUUAUGAAGCAAGCACCCCAGGGGACAUCGAUGCUUCUUACGUCGACCCUUUGGGGCCACAAACGGAAAGACCGAAGACUGCAGCAAAGAAACGUGCAGAGGAAGAUGAGUUUGCAGACGAAGAGUUGGGGGAUGACCUAUUGCCAGAAUGAUGGGCUGUUUGUGUGCUGCGCUGUCAUCGCAUGCAUUUAUUAAAAAGAGUUUUCCUGUAGUAAGCAUAAUGUAAAUAGGUGAACGUUGUCAUACAUUUGUAUUUAUCCAGGUUCUUAAAGAACAUAGGCUUAUUCAUGGUCACUGAACACACUGGUGGAUAGACAUAUGCAUAUGGAUGUUGUAUAGAGGGGGCUGCAAAAGUAGGUAUACAGUAAUGAAAAACAAAACGUUCACACCUAAAAUGCUAUUUUAUUGAUUCUACAAACAUCUCAUCUCAUCUCCUCUAGCCACUUUAUCCUUCUACAGGGUCGCAGGCAAGCUGGAGCCUAUCCCAGCUGACUACGGGCGAAAGGCGGGGUACACCCUGGACAAGUCGCCAGGUCAUCACAGGGCUGACACAGACACAGACAACCAUUCACACUCACAUUCACACCUACAGUCAAUUUAGAGUCACCAGUUAACGUAACCUGCAUGUCUUUGGACUGUGGGGGAAACCGGAGCACCCGGAGGAAACCCACGCGGACACGGGGAGAACAUGCAAACUCCGCACAGAAAGGCCAUCGCCGGCCCCGGGGCUCGAACCCAGGACCUUCUUGCUGUGAGGCGACAGCGCUAACCACUACACCACCGUGCCGCCCUUCUACAAACAUAUCAAUAGUAAACAUAUUAAUCCCUCAAAUGUUCAAACUGUUUGGCCCCUGGCAUUCACACACUCCACUAGUCAAGUGUGGACGCCUAUGCACACUCUGGCACAAAGGUCUUUAUCAGCAUCAAUUUCCUGGCAAGCCUCCUGUAUGAACUGAAUCAUGGCAUCAACAGAACAUGGCUUGCUUGCGAAAACCCUAUCUUUUAAUGAAUUCUAGUAUUAAAUACUAUUGUAAUACUGGAAUAAUUCUUACUGUAUACCUACUUUUGCAGCUCCCUGUAUAAAAUGUCAAGUUUAUUUGUAUAGUGCUUUUAACACAUAUUGUCGCAAAGCAGCUUUACAGAAUUUGAAUGACUUAGAACAUGAACGAAUCUAUCCCCAAUGAAGAAGAAGCCUUUAUUUGUCACAUGCACACUCAAGCACAGUGAAAUUCAUCCUCUGCAUUUAACCCAUCUGAAGCAGUGAACAAACGCACCAACCCAGAGCAGUGGGCAGCCAUACUACAGCGCCCGAGGAGCAGCUAAGGGUUAGGCACCUUGCUCAAGGGCACUUCAGCCCAAGGCUGCCCCAUGUUAACCUAAUUGCAUGUCUUUGAACUGUGGGGGAAACCCACGCAGACACGGGGAGAAAACAAACUCCACACAGAAAGGCCCUCGUCGGCCACUGGGCUCGAACCCAGAACUUUCUUGCUGUGAGGCAAGCAUGGGCGUCGCCACCAUUGAAUGUGAAGGGGACGUGUCCCCCUCACAUUUCAUAAUUCUUCAUUUGGACCCCUCCACAUUUAACAUAAAAUACAUAUUAGUUCACCCAGCGCCGUUUCUAUUGCUUCGUGAAAGAAUCCAUUCCACUUGAUCGAUAAGAGAAUACACAGACCACUGAAAAUCCACUCUGUGUUUUCUGGGCGUUACCUACAAUAACUCACUGCACACGAGUGAAGUGAAUCUCAGCGCGAGCAGAGAAAUGUUAGUGCAACUGCUCGAAAGUGGAGGAGGUAACAUCAUCCCCAUUGCCACCUCACAAUGUCUAGCUUUUGCUAAAACCUUAUUCUUUUGCUAUAUGCCCUCAAAAUUAACCCUAGGCCACGUUAAAUUAAAUGUCCAACUAAACAAUGAAAUAAGCUUAACCUAAUGGGGUAUUCUUGGUUGAUGAUGAAUUGUUUGCAGUAUUUGCUCCUCCCCAGACACAAUGGACAUAAGGACAUUCUUUACAAAGAAGCGGAAAGUCAGUCAAAAUUCCCCCACAGGACAGGGUUUUUUUUGUCCCAAUGGAAAUGUUAAUGCAGUUAGCUGGUUAGUCAAUGUUAGAUGUAUCAGCUAGCUUAAUGUUCACUAUCAUUUAAUUCAAACCCAGUAGGCCGACCUUACUGUAAUGCCAAGAAUGAGGUCAAGUCUGCUCUGAUGAUAUUUAUUGAUUCCCUGUUGUGAUUUGAAGAUCUUGUUUUGUCUGGUCUUUGGCAGUUUUCUGGAAAGUAACAUGGGAAAUCAGUGCAUGGGGAAGGAAUAGUAGAAAGGAAAGCAAUGGAGAGAGAUGGAUGUUAUUCCAGGUGGAUUGUGAAGGAAAGGGGAAUAAAAGUUAUGAAGUGGUAGAAGUUGUGGUGGCACCCAUGUAAGAAGGAGUUAUAUCUAUAAAUCUAUUUGUUAUACUAAUCUGUAAAUGUUACUGUAGUACCACCAUUGCAUGUAGGUUGACAAAACUCCACUUGUUCAUUGUGUGAAGUUCUCUUUUGUGUCAUUGCUUGACACUGUAAUUUUGUGUGAAAAAAGUAAAAUGCACCCACUAAAGUCACUAUUGGUGGUUAACAAAAUUGCACCUGUUCAUUGUGAAGUUAUUUUUUAUGUGUCACCGUUGCUUGACACAGUGUGAUUUUGUGUUAUGAAGUUUGCAUGAUGCCAUGUCAUGCCUGUUCAUUGUGUGAAAUUAUGAAUAUUCUUAUUUUUAAACAUACAGUUGAGUGUCACUAUUGCUUGGCACAGUGGCAUGUUGUGUUACAUCUAAAACUAAAUAAAAAAGGAAACACAAAAUAAAAAGUAAAAUG